AUGGGGAUAAUGAUUCGUCGUCUGUCGACAAUGAGGCGUCUAGAAAUCAUCAGUGUCACCAACUCCGCUGGCGUCGCCCCGGCGCUACUCUCUUCGACGGCGGCCUUCGCCGAAAACCUAGCGUUACCCUCCCCCCUCCGCAACCACCACCGUCUUACCAAUUCCAUUCGUUUCCUCGAAUCCCGAAGCCUCGUCACCUUCUCCUCCUCAUGCCUCUCUUCUUCUUCGGCAGCUUAUCUUCCUACACUCGACGAGUUCUCAUCAACUACAAGUUCUGUAGCGAGAGAUGAUGAUAACCAGAAGGUAGUCUUGAAGGGUAUGAGUUAUGCUGCGCUUCAAGAAUGGGUUGAAUCUCAUGGGUUUCGACCGGGACAAGCUAUGAUGCUGUGGAAGAGAUUAUACAAAGACAACGUCUGGGCAAAUGAUGCUGAUGAGCUUGAAGGCCUGAACAAAGAUUUCAAGAGAAUGAUCAGUGAACAUGCCGAGUUUGGAGCAUUAUCUUUGAAGGAUGUUCGUUCGGCUUCAGAUGGAACUAGAAAGAUUCUGUUCACGUUGGAUGAUGGACUUGUGAUCGAGACAGUUGUUAUACCUUGUGAUCGUGGCAGGACAACAGUUUGUGUCUCGAGCCAAGUGGGUUGCGCAAUGAACUGUCAGUUCUGUUACACUGGCAGGAUGGGUUUGAAGAGAAACCUCACUGCUGCUGAGAUAGUUGAGCAGGCUGUUUACGCCAGGCGAUUGCUUUCACAUGAAGUUGGGUCAAUAACAAAUGUCGUAUUCAUGGGAAUGGGAGAGCCAUUUCACAACAUUGACAAUGUCAUCAAAGCUGCAAACAUAAUGGUAGACGAGAAUGGACUUCACUUUAGUCCCCGCAAGGUCACAGUCUCUACCAGUGGCCUUGUUCCUCAGCUGAAGCGGUUUCUCCGUGAAUCGAACUGCGCUUUGGCAGUCAGUCUGAAUGCAACAACCGAUGAGGUCAGAAACUGGAUCAUGCCCAUCAACAGGAAAUACAAGUUAUCUUUGCUCCUUGAGACGCUCAGAGAAGAACUCAGUUCAAAGCACAAGUACAAAGUGUUGUUCGAAUACGUGAUGCUUGCAGGAGUGAAUGAUAGCAUGGAUGAUGCAAGUAGGCUAGUGGAGCUUGUGCAGGGGAUUCCAUGCAAGAUCAACCUUAUUCAGUUCAACCCACACAGUGGUUCUCAGUUCGUACAGACCGAUGAAGACCAGAUGAUCAAGUUCCGUAACGUUUUGGCCGGAGGAGGCUGCACCGUUUUAAUGCGGUUUAGCCGAGGCAAUGAUCAAAUGGCUGCAUGUGGGCAACUUGGCAUGCUUGGGUCGGUUCAAGCACCGGUUAUGCGGGUGCCUGAGCGGUUCCGCACCGCUCUAAAAGCAUCAGUUUGA